AUGACUUUUAGUUCUCUUUUGCCUGAUCCAAAGCACGAAAUAAAACCGAUAGAAAAUACUCGUGAAGCUGGUAAGAAUAUAGUGAGAGCUCUCACAGAUGAUAGAUAUGAAUCAAAUCAACCACAAGAUAGUGAGCCUAGUAGUAUAGAAAUAUCGUUCAAUAAUAUUGCAUCUCGAGUACGGUUGCAGGAUUUUAUUCCACUUCGAUAUGAGAAUUUUAACUUGGAGAUACCUUACCCAUCUGCUGAAGAAAUAGAUAAAACAUAUAAACGUACGUAUGAACAUUUCCAAAACCUGUUAUCUAAGAACAUCAAAAAACCGGUUUCUAGUGCUACUAAUGAAACAAUAACUGCUGGUAAUGGUCGUAAAAUUCGUGUUGUCACUAAGGUUCAGGAUCCAUUACAACCAAAGAUGAUUAAAACAGCAAAGAAAGUCUAUGUUCCAUCUAAUGAAGAAGAAUCUAUUCAACCACAAUUGUAUGUGUCUUCAAAUACCAGUGGUCAAGAGAUAAGUAAAAAAAUGAAAAAUGAAUGGAGAAUCCCUUCAUUUGUGUCUCAAUGGAAGAAUCCUAAAGGUUAUGCAAUUUCAUCUCGUGGAGGUGGAAAACAUGGAGAAUCACAGGAGAUUAAUCAAGGUUUUAUCGAUUUAGCUAAUGCGUUAGAACAGGCAGAUAGGAAGGCUAGAUUGAAAUUACAAGAGAAAAAAAAGGCUAAGAUUAGAGAAUUAAAUAAAGUAAUGAAGGAAAGAGAACAGAAGUUAAACAGAAUUGCAAAAGAAGCAAGACAGAAUAAGUUAGUAUCAGGUCAUAAUUAUCAAAGAAGCAAUAGCAAAUCAUUAAAUUCUAGAGAUAUUUCUGAAAAGAUAAAAUUGUAUCAAAAAGAAACAACUAAAAAGAAAGAUACAGUUAGUUAUGAUUCAAGGUUAUAUACUAAGGGAAUUGUAAGUGGUAAAAGUAGGCUAGAAGAUGCAUACGAUAACCCAUUAUUUGUACAACAGAAUAUUGAUAGCAUCUAUCGUGUGAAAUAUAACAAGAGUGAAGGCAAUACCGAUGAUGGUGAGAGUAUUAUGAGUAAUGGGCCUGUAGAAUUUACAAAAGCAGAACGCAAAUGA